AUGCAAACCGCCUCCAUUGCCUCAUGGCAAACUUGCUCCUAUUACCCUGUCCCUAAGAAUCUCUUACCCAACAAUCUCCAUUUUCAUCUUCCCACCAAGCUCCGAAAACCCCACUGCGCAAACCACAACCUCCUCACACUCACGGCCGCGCAUAGUUGCAGCAAGGACCAAGAAAAGAAGCAGAUCCAUAACCGCGAAUUCUCGCAAGAAUUCUGCUCCUCGAGCGGAAAUCAAGCCGGAGAAGGUGAAAAAUUUCGACGAUUUGAGGUGGACACCUCGCCGGGAAUUUCGUCGAGCAUGUGGUGGUCUGAUCUGAAAGGCGCGGUGGGGCAGAGGAUUAAUUUAGAAGGAAUCGCCAGUUCGUUUGGGGUACUGUCCAGGGACAAGCAUUUGGUGAUCCCUCAUGUUUCUGUGCCGGAUAUUAGGAGUGUUGAUUGGGCCGAGCUGAAGAAUAGGGGAUUCGUGGGAGUUGUCUUUGACAAGGACAACACGAUUACGGCGCCUUACUCGUUGAGCUUGUGGGCGCCCCUUGGGCCGUCCGUGGAGCAGUGUAAGUCGUUGUUCGGCAAUAAUGUGGCAGUGUUCAGUAACUCUGCUGGGUUGUAUGAGUAUGACCCGGAUGGUAGAAAAGCCACAGCUCUUGAGGAUGCAAUUGGAAUCAAAGUGAUUCGGCAUAGGGUGAAGAAACCAGCUGGAACAGCUGAAGAAAUCGAAAAACACUUUGGGUGCAAAUCCUCGAGGCUUGUAAUGGUGGGUGAUCGUCCAUUCACGGAUAUUGUUUAUGGGAACAGAAACGGGUUUUUCACUAUACUCACUGAACCACUGAGUCUUGCAGAGGAACCUUUGAUUGUCAGGCAGGUGAGGUUGCUUGAAGUAGCCAUUGUUAGACAAAUGUCCAAAAAGGGCUUGAUGCCAAUCACUCACGAGCUUCUUUCAGAUCCAAUGACUUGUAUUAAGGAUGUACCACGCUGA